AUGUCCCUCCAAGAAAAGUUCGACGCCGCUGUGGAAAUUAUUCAAAAACUUCCAAAGACCGGACCAGUCAGCACCAGCAACGACCAAAAGCUCACUUUCUACUCUCUCUUCAAACAGGCUACAAUCGGAGAUGUGAACACCGAUAGACCAGGAAUUUUCUCAAUCAUUGAGAGAAAGAAGUGGGACUCAUGGAAGGAGUUGGAAGGAGUAUCUCAAGACGAGGCUAAGGAACGCUACAUCAAAGCUCUUAACGACAUGUUCGACAAAAUCGCUGAGGAGCUCGAUGUUGCUUCCUGGCUUGAACAGAUCGACCCAGUAAUCAAAACAAAUCUCGCUCUUAUCGGAAAGUAA